UUUCCCCGUUGGAGCUAUGGUGGUAGCAGUUUCACCUUGGCCCUCGUCUUGUUGAAGAAGCAUCCUAAAAAAUCUUUGACUCGAUGCACUAAACCAACGCCAGGCCUCUUAUAAGCCUGGGGCCUGCCAUUCACCUUCCUCGCUUCCCCCCCGGGGCAUAUCAUCUGUGCGCGCCCGCCCGUUGGACUUAUCCCAGACUCAGACCCAGAGCAGCGACCCCCCUAGGCAGGGAAGAAGGCACAUCGACAAAAGAGGGUCCCGGCACUUGCGCUUCUACAAAAAGAACUUAUCAUCCACCUCACACCUCCCCUUCCUGUCCCACCACCACCUUCGACCUGCCCCCCCCCGUCCCAGACCAUCAUCACGUCUGUGAAUAAAAGGCCCUCACACUCUCUCACUCGUGAUCCAGGCCUUUCACCUCGCACGCCAAGGCUCUUCGACUUUGAUUCUAGCCCUUCUUGAAAACCACGGCCACGUUUGCUGCUGCCGCCGCUCGCUCACGCCCACUCGUCUGUGCCGCCUGUCGCCAGUCCCUCCGACCUGUACCUGCAUAUACAUAUACAUCACCAUAGGCGCCCGCACGCCCCUCCUCCAGGAACGAACAAAGGCCACUUGACUGUUUGCCUUGCUCGUCGUGCUCUUCUCUUCUCUUCUUUUGGGAACAAUUGUAAAAAGAGAGGGGAUCUUCCACUGCCUCGGACAGGGAAAGCCAGAAGGUGCCGGGUUAUACACUUUUUCUCUCCAACCAGGACGACCAUACGAUCGUUUCAAACAGCGACUCCAGCAUCCGCCGACGCAUGCUCUCUUAUCUCGACACUCGAGGCGUCUCCGCUCGCUCAUAACAGCGCCCCUUCUCAAUUUUUUAUUUUUUUUGAGUAAGCUGCUCUUGCUUGCCACUCUGCUUUUUCUCCCAAUCACCACACCAGGCCACCGGGCAGACCAGGGAGUGGCCGGAACACGAGGCUAAACGACAAACGACAGCACUUUCUCCAUCGCUGAGCGGGCACGUUGCAGCACAUCCAACGGGACACAAGGGUAUGGAAUAUACCCUACCAGGCAGUCAAAGAUCCAGAACCACCCAAGACCGACACCAAGGAGAUCAGUCCAAGAUGUCCAUGAUCGCGAUGGCUGCCCCGGCUCCGCACGCACCCUUCAAGAGGGAGUACUUUUCCUCCUGGGACGACCACAGGCAAACCGACUACGCAUCGUCGAGGCCAAGGAGCGAACCCGAGAGGAUAGCUCUGCCGUCCAUUCGCCAGGCAUUCCCCGAGAUCCAUCUUCGCAUCGUCCCACAAGAUGGGCCAUCGGGAACGCAGUCGUCGACCACGUCGCCGAUAGUAGGGCCUCCAGGGACCAUGACGCCCCCGGAGUACGUGCACUCGCCCACCAGCCAGAACAAGCGCAGGAGACUGUCGUUUGACAAGGAGCAGGACGAGAGGGCGAGCCGGGUGCCACGACUAUACACCAGCGGGCCGUCCCCGUCAUUCCAGAGGCGGGAGAGCCACCAUACCCUCUCACCAGUCGCCCUCAGCGCUACCGAGCCCAGGUCGACCGCCGACAGCUGGGGCAGCUCCUCCCGCGCCAGCCCGUACCUCCCCGGCGGCCCACCGCCAACGAUGCGGUCGCCCGUGGCCAUGGAGCACAGCGAGUCGAUGGGCCGCCGCCCAACACUGCCCAGCCUCCCGCUGCUCAACUUUGACCGUGCGCCGCCACCACCACCCCCGGCGUCGGUGCACCACCACCACCAACAGCAACAACAACAACAGCAGCAGCAGCAGCAACACCAUCACCACCAGCACGCCAGCCACCACGGCAACCACGUCAGGGCCACGUCGGGCGACGACUACGUGAUGGAGCAGAGCCGCAUGAUGGCCCCCCACCACGGCGUCGUGUCGCCCAUGGAGUCGCCCGUCGGCUACAGGCCGGGCGGCGGCGGCGCCGGCAGCCCGGGUUACCCGUCAUACCACCCGUUCCACCACCCCUCGCGGAUGCAGUCGCUGUCCAUGGGCUCGAUCCCGCCAAUGGACCGCAUGCCCUUCUCGCCCUCGGCCUACGGCUCCUACCACGACUACAUGCGCAUCAGCGAGCUGGGCGGCAUGGGCCUCAACGGCGACAACAAGCAGCGCAAGCGGAGGGGCAACCUGCCCAAGGAGACCACCGACAAGCUGCGCGCCUGGUUCCUCGCCCACCUGCAGCACCCCUACCCGACCGAGGACGAGAAGCAGGAGCUGAUGAGGCAGACUGGUCUGCAGAUGAACCAAAUCUCCAACUGGUUCAUCAACGCCAGGAGACGCCAGCUCCCGACCAUGAUCAACAACGCGCGCGCCGAGUCGGACGCCAUCGCGUCUGGCCGCGCCUCGGCCGACGGCAAAGCGCUGCCCUCGACCGAGCGGCCCGACUACGACACGGACGGCAAGCUGCGAGACAGCCCCGUCAGCGAGGACGGCGGCAUGCACUACGACGACGACCUCGAUAUGAAGCGCCGCCGCGCCGGCGCCGGCAUGAAGCGCGGCAGCGUCUGAGACAAAGACGGGGCGGGGUUGCCAGACUGCGAGGAACGCCUUUGACGACAAUUAGAACGACCGAAUAUGCAUCUGGAGCUUUAUUUGUGCGAAACGAGACCGAUGAAACAAGAAAAAAACAACAGACAACUUGAAAAAAAAAGAAAAAAAAGAACGACCAAAAAAACCACGAAAACAGUUGACAUAAAAAAGAAGAUAAAAAACGAUCAACACCCUUCGCCCUGUACAAAAGCUACCUCUUCAUACGAGCCGACCGGCUAUUCUUUCUGUUUUGCUCUUUCGGUUCGGUGCAUUGGUCUGGGUGCAUUUACUUUCUUUUCUUGGACCUGUAUUAUUUUCACAUAUACCAAUACCUGGACGGAAGGCUGCGCUGGGUUUUUUUCUCUUCUUCUCGAGUGUCAUUUAUUCCAACAUUAUCCAGUACGAUUUUUGUCAUUUAUACACAUGGUGCAUACAUACACCAGUACGAGGUCAGGCCGCAUGUUUUCCUUUUUUGCUUCUUUUUUUCCAUCUAGGGUGGCAAUCCCCAUUGUGGGACGGAUGGACGGCGAACCUAGGACUAAACUAGGAGUGGCCGGAUAGAGCGAGUGAGACAAAAAGAGGAUCAUGUCUUUUAUGUGUAUACAAUGGAAAGUGUGGGCAUAUGGAAGAUACUAGUUUCUGUUUCUACAUUUUUUAUCCGCUUGUUAGCCCACCGAGUCUCAUUUUUUUCCCGACUUUUGAUUGCUCUUUUCUUGGAACGACCGGAGUGACAAAAAAACGGGAAGACGACGGCGGAUGGAACAAGCCAAGGAGACAGUUCGAUCGCUUUGCUCCGCAGUGUCAGUCAGUGUACAUUACCAUCACAGAAUCUUUAUGCUAGAGAAGCUCAUUUUUCCCGCCACAAAAAAAACC